CAUACGCAACAUCGCCAGACCUCAACCAGCUCCAGCUCUAGCUCUCAACCCCACGACCUCUUCCCUUCCUUGCCGUCUAGUCGACUCAUUUGGUCCUUUCCACCUCUAUAGUUUAAUUGUACUCGUCCCAGGAUGGCUCCCACAUCACCAGCCGCCCAGCGGAUAGAGGAAGCCAAGGCGAUCUCUAAGAAGGACGCCUCCAAGGCAGAGAGCAUCUACCGGGAUAUCCUCUCCAAGGGGCCAGGUUCGACGGAAGCCUCUUCGCGCGACUACGAGGCAGCCUUGAUAGGAUUAGGAGAGCUGUACCGUGAUGUCAAGAAGCCACAGGAGCUCUCAGAACUCAUCAAGACGAGCCGCGAUGUCUUCUCCUCGUUUGCUAAAGCUAAGACGGCGAAGCUAGUCCGUCAGCUACUCGACAUUUUCAGCGAAAUCCCAAACACCCUCGAUAUCCAGAUCAACGUCAUCAAGUCAUGCAUAGAAUGGGCAGUGUCAGAACGACGAUCCUUCUUGAGACAGAACCUCGAAACCCGACUGGUCACGAUCUAUAUGCAGAAGCAGACAUACUACGAUGCCUUGACACUAAUUAACUCUCUGUUGCGGGAGCUGAAGCGUCUGGAUGACAAGUUGAUGCUGGUGGAGGUCCAGCUACUGGAGUCGCGUGUCUACCAUGCACUCGGCAACCAGCCCAAAGCGCGUGCUGCGCUCACAGCUGCACGAACAUCUGCAGCCUCUGUGUACACCCCUCCGCAGGUCCAGGCCGGUCUCGAUAUGCAGAGUGGCAUGCUCCACGCGGAGGACAAGGACUUCAACACUGCCUUCUCAUACUUCAUCGAAGCCCUUGAGGGUUACAGUUCUCUCGACGACGCAACCAAGGCUACCGCGGCCCUUCAGUACAUGCUGCUGUGCAAGAUUAUGUUGAAUGCUGUGGAUGAUGUGACUACCUUGCUGGCCUCCAAACAGGCUCUUAAGUAUGCUAGUACUAGACUGGAGGCCAUGAAGGCGGUGGCCCGAGCUCACGCCAACCGAUCGCUGGAGGAAUAUGAGAAGGCCCUAUCAGACUACCGGUAUGAACUCGGUGGUGACACCUUUAUCCGAAACCACCUGCGCAGACUUUACGAUGCGAUGCUGGAGCAGAACCUCAUCAAGGUGAUCGAGCCGUUCAGCAGAGUCGAGAUCGACCACAUUGCCAAGAUGGUCGGACUGGACACGCAGCAGGUUGAGAGGAAGCUAUCGCAGAUGAUCCUGGACAAGGUCAUCAUUGGCGUCUUGGACCAGGGUGCCGGCUGCUUGAUUGUGUACGAUGAGACAGAGCGGGACCGGGGCUACGAUGCCGCGCUGGAGACGAUCGAGAAGCUGAGCAACGUGGUGGAAGUGUUGUAUACUAACCAGGCCUCUCUUCUCGAAUAAAGGCCUUCCCUGUUUGGUCGAAUUUUCUGAAAUGUGAUGACUUUGGGAGCAUAAGGUGGUCGGAUGGUGCUUGAUAUACCAGGCGGCGAAAAAAGAGCCGGACGUGUAGGUAGAGGCAUCAAUGAUUCGAUCUUAUCACGAGAUCAGACGAUUAAAACUUGUUAUUCUAUGCCUGUAGACGAGACAGAUUCCUUAAAAAAGAAAUCGAAUCGAAUACUAGUAGCUCAUAGAUAGACCAGAAGCCG